GAGAGAGAGAGAGAGAGAAAGAGAGAGAGGGAGAGAGAGAGAGAGGGAGAGAGAGAGAGAAAGAGAGGAGCCGAUCCCGUACCCAGCGAGCCCGACCUCACGCCCCUCUCCCCCCGCAGCUACCAGUUCCCGACUAUGCAGAGCAUCGCCGAGGACCUGGUGGCCAUCCUGGACCAGUUGAAGGUGAAGCUGGUGAUCGGGCUGGGCGAGGGCGCCGGGGCCAACAUCCUGGCCCGCUUCGGCAUGGCCCAGCCCGAGCGCUGCAUGGGACUCAUCCUCAUCCACUGCACCUCCACCACCGCCGGCGUCAUGGAGCACUUCAAGGACAAGAUCAUCUCCUGGAAGCUGAACAACGUGGGCAUGCAUCCCACUGCUGAACAGUACCUCAUCUUCCACAAGUUUGGCCACCAACUGGACACUGCCGAGAACAAGGAGCGCCUCAUCAAGGAGUACCAGGACCGCCUCCAGAGCAAGAUCAACCCCAAGAACCUCCGCAAAUACGUCGAGGCUUUCCUCAAGCGCUCCGACCUGUCUGGAAAGCUGGAGUCCAAGCUGACCGUGGAGACGCUCCUGGUGACCGGCGCCAAGGCGUCCCACGUCCACACCGUGCACACGAUGCACCAGAGCUGCAACAAGCAGAAGGCCUCCCUUCUCAAGAUCGACGACGUCGGAGAUGUCCUGGCGGAAUGCCCUGAGAAGUUCGCGCAGUCGCUGCAGCUGUUCUGCAAGGGCCUGGGCGUGCUGACGUCGCUGCCCCUGAGCGGCGUGGAGCGCCAGCGCACCUUCAGCGGCUCCUCCACCGACGAGGAGAACCGCCCCCGCCGCCAGCGCACCAUGAGCAUGGAGGAGUACGACACCCCCAACCUGAGGCGCUUCUCGUUCUCGUCCUCCCCCCAGACGGCCGCCAACUAAACGCAGUCCGGCGCAGCCGCGGCAGAGAGAGAGAGAGAGAGCUAGUUAUAAAUACGUUUUGGUAGAGAUGGUCCUAACGUGAAUGAGCUAGUUGUUAUUUUCUUCUUGUUUUAUGUUAGUACAGUAAACACAUGCACGCAUGCACAGACAUACACGGUUAAAAGCUACACAUCGGUUGAAGCAGAUGAGUCACGGUUACGAAAGGAAUCUUAUGGAUGAAGGAACGAAAAGACUUGUACAUCUGCGUUGUGAUGCCACACUUCAAAGACCAUCUAACACGGACAACACUGAGAGGCCUUCUAUAUAUUCUGCCUACAAGGUCUUGACCCAACACCCUGCACCUGUUCCUCCUGCGCAUGCGUGCGCCAGGCCCCGCGGCGCCUCCUGUCGCGGGGCGCCCCCCUCCCUCGGCGGGGGCGGGGCUGGCACUGGCACUCGGGGAACAGCUGCGUUCGGGGGCGCUGUGCGAGUGCACCCGGAGGGGGGGGAGGGCCACCGUCAUCCUGGGAGCCAAGAUCAACGACUAUCGACGCGGAUGUCUCAAGGAAAGAAUUAAAAGAGAAAAAACAAUAAGAGCAGGAUGUAUAAUAAUUUCAUAUAGGGAAAAAAUACUGAGACUGAUUUCAAGGUGUUAAUUUUGUUAGCAUUCACUAGUGAUAAACACAGGCCUUGUGUAUCACUUUCCACCGACUGCCGAGGGCGAGGGUAGCGGGCUUGAGUCUGAUUAGAGUCCCAAGAGAUUAGCCAAUCAUCCCAAUCAGCUUUCUUUCAGUCAGUUAGUAUGUUAGCGUCUUGCACUAUGCUUCAGUACAGUAUGUCAAAAAGGAAAACAAAACAAAAAAAGAGAUCGAACUACUGUAGACUAGUGAUAGUCAACUCUGAAGCUCAACAUGGCAUGAUGGUUACUAUGUAUAUAUAUACUAAAGGCAAUAGAAUUAUUGUACUAGCUGAGUUUGAUACCAAAUAAGGGCACGUUUGUCAGAACUUUAGGACAUUCAUUUAGUAAGUUUUUUUUCCUCCACACUAACAGGAUCCAGGGGGGGGGGACAACUGCACUGUCAUGUCACUCACGUCAUCACCUCAGCCAGCUUGUCAUCCUCUUGCUUCGAAAAACUAGGGUUUUUAUCCAUGGGUAAUAUCGGCCAGGAUUUCGCUCACAGCUAGGAUGGAUAAACGAGAGCGCUGGAGAGGCUUAUGUUCAUGUUUGCUUUUGAGAGGAAGAGGAAGAAAGAGAGAGAGAGAGCAUCGUAUGUGUCUCCUUUUUAACAACCUGAUUUGCGUGAACUUGCUCAGAAGUUACUUGCUCACGUGCCUAACGCACCUACAUUCAUUAGUCUCAUUAAUUCACACAUUAAUAUCCGCAGUGUAUAAUGAAAGAGCGUCAUCAAAGCUAAACAUUUAGGAUCUGAAGUGCAGUUGCCCGUCGCCUGGAUUCUGGACGUGGACAUAAACACACUAGGUAAUGUUAUAUCAUCUGUCUCUUUAAAAACAAGGACCUCCGAUAUACAUUUGUAAUACUUUUAUUUUUAAAAUCCAAUACGGCCAUUCCAUUGAUAUGAAGUCAGAAAAGUUAAAAAACAUGAAAGAAAUGCCAGAAACAGCAACUUUUAUAACUCACCUUGUUUAUAAACAGACAGAAGUGAUAAGUAUCCUUUAAGUAACAAUCAGCUAAUCUAGAUGCGUUGUUGACACACUUUCUCUUGACGAGGCAACGGGAUUGUCUCGGGAAGGAACCACAUCUAUCACCUUUUGCUCCUUCAGAAGCUUAAAGACACAUUAAAGACAUAUUCAGACGUUUGUCAUGAUGCCAGAGGACACCAGUUACAUGUUACAUUAGGUUGAUUUUACUUUGCAAUUGGUAAAGGUUCAACAAAAAGUGAAAAGGUUGAUUUUUUUUAUUUCAUUUACUGUUUCUGUUUUUGUAUUAGAUAUGUAAUUUUUACGAGGGGUAUCAAACAGUGUUAUUUAUCAUAAUGUGUUUCGAAUGAAAUGUACAAUAAUCACAUGUAAUACAUAUUAAUACAGUAUUUUUAAUAAAGUACAUAGACGAU